AUGAAGACACGCGUGAUCUUCGUUGGGAUCGGGUGCGUGAAGAGCCUCUCACAGCCUGCGGAUGCACUCAACCCGGUUUUCAGAGGGGCGACGUGCUCCGGGAAGACGACCCUGGCCAAGCAUCUCAAACGGAUCUUGCCAAACAGUGUCAUCUUGCACCAGGAUGACUUUGCGCCACCACAAGAACUUGUUCCUGUGCAUCCCGUGUACGGCGUACAGGACUGGGAUAAGGCAGAAGGUGCAAUACAAUGGGACAGGAUGGUUAAAGCCCUAGAUGCGGUAAGGAGCGUCAAAAGCAGUGGAGAGAUACCUCCCGAGCACGUUUCUCACGACCACCUGAAUGAGCAGAAGGACGUUCCAAUAGACGAUGCUCUCUUCCAGAGAUGGAAGGCUACAUUCGAGAAGAUAGAAGAAGAGCACCAAGAACGCGGAGAAGUCCUCAAGUGGGUUAUGGUAGACGGUUUCCUACUCUAUUGGCACCCAGAAGUCGUGAACAUGCUCGACCACCGCGUCUUCCUCCGUGUUCCGGAAAAGGCUCUCAAGCAGCGGAGACACGAGCGUCACGGGUACCACACAGCAGAGGGCAGCCUCUGGCGCGAUCCGCCGCACUACUGGGAGCAGAUCGUAUGGCCGGCCUACGUGGACGCGCACGCGCGGAUGCUGGAGGGCGGCGAUGUCGAACACGGGGCGCCGAAUGGAACCGUGCCGGGGCUGGUGCUGCUCGAGGGGCUGGUGGACAGCAUGAGCGAGAUGGUCGACCGGGUGUGCGCGUUGCUCGAGACAGGGGCGCGCGGGGCCUAG